UAAAGCGGACGCGCUGCUGUGUGUUGACAGUGGAGCUGGAGAGAGAAUCUGUGUGUUUCUUCGUUAAUGAGGAGCCAACAUGAAACAUCAUGUCCGCUUCUGUGUUCUCCUGCUGGCUCUUCUUCUUCUUCCUCCUGCUGCUGCUGUCUCCAGAAGAGACAGGAAGAACGUCCUGUUGAUCGUGGCAGACGACCUGCGGACAUCACUGGGUUGCUACGGAGACCCUGUGGUAAAAUCGCCAAACAUUGACCAGUUGGCGUCCAAGAGCCAAGUUUUUCUCAAUGCAUACGCACAGCAAGCUGUGUGUGCUCCCAGUCGUACGUCCAUGUUGACCAGCCGCAGACCAGACACCACCAGGCUCUACGACUUCAACUCCUACUGGAGAACCCACUCCGGAAAUUACACCACUCUGCCUCAGUACUUCAAAUCCAUAGGCUACUUCACCGCGUCUGUGGGCAAGGUUUUUCAUCCAGGAAUUGCCUCUAACCACUCAGAUGACUACCCAUACAGCUGGUCCAUCCCUGCAUACCACCCAGCCUCAUUUCAUUUUGAGAAAAAAAAGAUGUGUAAAGGAGAGGACGGUAAACUGCACGCCAACCUGCUGUGUGCAGUGAAUGUGACGGAGCAGCCUGGGGGAACCCUCCCUGACCUGGAGAGCACAGACGAGGCUGUCAGGCUACUGAAGAGCUGGGCCAAGGAUCGUGUUCCUUUCUUCUUAGCCGUGGGAUUUCACAAACCACACAUUCCCUUCAGGAUACCACAGGAGUACCUGAGCCUAUAUCCUUUAGAGGAAAUGACCCUGGCCCCUGACCCCAAUGUCCCAAAGCUCCUCCCCCCUGUGGCCUACAACCCAUGGACCGACGUGAGAAAGCGAGACGACGUCCAAAAACUGAACAUCAGCUUUCCUUACGGACCAAUUCCGAGAGACUUCCAGCUGCGGCUCCGUCAGCACUACUUUGCUGCUGUGUCCUACAUGGACGCUCAGGUUGGACGGCUGCUCAGUACUCUGGAUGAUCUCAGGCUGACUGACGACACUAUGGUGGUGUUCACCUCAGAUCAUGGUUGGUCAUUAGGAGAACACGGGGAAUGGGCUAAAUACUCUAAUUUCGAUGUGUCGACACGUGUCCCUCUCAUCUUUUACGUCCCUGGUGUCACAACACGCCCGGAUUUGCAGGGAGCGUCCCCUUUCCCCUUUAUUGAUGCCUUAACCAAAUCAGAGUACAGCUUUAAGAAUGACAGAGUUAGAAGAAACGUGGUGGAGCUGGUGGAUGUUUUUCCCACAGUCUCCUACAUGGCCGGACUCCGCGCACCUGAACCUUGUGCUGAUGUUUCUUUCCAGGAGGAGCUGUGCACAGAGGGAGACAACCUGGCCUACACGUUCCGUCACAGAGAAAGAGGAGAGGAUGAGGAAGCGGUGUCUUUCAGCCAGUACCCUCGACCUGCUGAUACACCACAGGUGAACUCGGACCUCCCUGACCUUAAGGACAUAAAGGUCAUGGGUUACUCUCUACGCACCUGGGACUACAGAUACACACUGUGGCUGGGAUUCAACCCGAAAACAUUUCAGGUGAAUGUGACUGACGUCCAUGCUGGAGAGUUGUACAUGUUAGCAGACGACCCCGGGCAGGACAAGAACGUCUACAGUGACACAGAUCACAGUGUUAUCAUGAGGAAGAUGACCAGCCUGCCUCAUACUGUGACUCUGCAGACGAGAAUGAAGCUGCAGCUCCUCUACCUCACAGCAGGGAUGAAGAGGAACAGUGGGAAGGCGUGAUGACGAAUAUACACUACAGCAGAUGGAUGGAUGAGGACAAGUACAAAGGGAAGAUGGAAGGAUGAAAAACUUUGUCUGGAAGGGCGGCAUUCCUCUGAUAAUUCUUUUAACGCAACACAUACUUGGUUCUGUAGUCUCUGCUAUCACCAUUAAUCUUUAAAGCUCAGUUCUUCAGGCUCAUGUACCGAACUCGUCAGCGGACGGACCUCGAGUGAAGUGAACAAAAGAGCUUAUUGUUAGUUUCAAGACGUUUCAACCUUUGAAGAAGUUUAGUAAAGACAUCAUUUACAUUUUGGCAAAGGGAAACAUCCAGAUGGGAACAGAAACCUUUUCCUCUAACGAAACAGAACCAGUGUGUUCAGUGACUGGCCUCUUCACUCAUGUCUGUAUCUAAUAACUUGUGUGGAGGAAAUGUUUGCAAGUGCAAAACCAUAUACCCGUGAGGAAUCAUUUCCAAUCUGCGUGCAGGACCUGCGAGGGACUGUCGGGCUGUGAUGAUCAGUUUCGAGCACAUGGUUUGGUACUGAUCUCAGACCGUGCUCGUCAAACUGUAGUUCUGCACAUGGAGCAAAAAUGCCCCCUCGUGAUGGUUGGGGUUGCUCUCCACUCGCAGACGCCGAUCUGUACGUUUGCAGAGUAGAACCUCCCUCAUGAGUGUUGGUCUUAUUUGUGGGUGAAUUUUGACACUAAAUAUAAAAUGUCAUUUCUAAUUUUCAAUGGCAGCAGUUACAGGUUUUUUGUGUUUUGAGGGAUACACAUAUUUGCUCUUCGAGUUGGGUAAAAAAUAUCACUAGGCCAGUAAGCUGAGCUUGAACACAAAUGCAGAAAUAUUUUCAGUUUGUACGAAAAUGCAGUACUUGUUGAAAUUCCUAUAUUUCAGCUUCAUGCAUUGGUUCAGCAACUGCGAUACAUAUUUUAAAUAGUAAUUUUCGGACGCGUGUACAGAGCCUUGCUAGCUGUUUCCUCAGGACUAUUGUCUUUAUGCCGAGCUUAUCCUGAGAUAAUAAGGCUCAUAUUGAGUGUUCACAUAUGAAAGAAGUAUAGAUGUAAUGCUGGACGCACAGCCUCCUGAUGGACAGCUCUGAUUGGCCGUGACUUCACCACCUCCUCUGUGAGCAUGAUUACAUCACACUUUACGAGGCUUUUCAUCUGAGGGAAUAUUGAUGAGACCUGAAGAAUUAGAUCUUUUGAUUUAAAGUGACACCAAUUUCCUUUUUUCUGGAUCAAGUGUUCUUCAGCGUAUUGAUCGUUCAGUCAGCAUCGGGUGUCAUCUCCACUUUAAAGCCCAGCAGCUAAGGAGGGCUUGACUAGUUCUGUACAGUGGUGUGAAACAAAAGGACAUAUCUAUUUGCACUUGACGUCCCUUCAGAUAUUUGCCUCUCUCCUUGUAAACAGUCUGUUCAGAUCAAUUUGUGGACUUGAAAUGAAGUGAGUCAAAGCCCUAAUGAUUCAACGCAAAUGAAACUGAGCAUUUUACUGCUGCUCCAAUGCGUGAUUUUUGAGGGUAAUUUUAGAAGAGUCAUCUCAGCUUGAAUUUCAGGUUCAGCGAUGAAUCAAAGGGAUUUGGUUUUGAGGACUUGGAUUGUGGGCUGCACUGUCCUCGUGUUAAUGGGAUACAGUUGAAUCAUGAUAUCAGCGGGGCUCUUAUUAUAUGUGAGGAUGUUG